AUGGUGCGAAUCAGUGUGCUGCGCGAUUGCCUGAACAACAUCGUGAAUGCUGAGAAGCGUGGAAAGCGACAGGUCUUGAUCAGGCCAAACUCCAAGGUCAUCAUCAAGUUCCUGCAGGUGAUGCAGAAGCACGGCUACAUUGGUGACUUGGAGAUCAUUGACGACCACCGAGCAGGAAAGGUUGUCGUGGAGCUCAUCGGCCGCAUCAACAAGUGCGGCGUGAUUUCCCCCCGAUUCGAUGUCUCCGUGGCGGGAAUUGAGCAGCUUGCCAGCGACCUCCUUCCAUCGCGUCAGUUCGGCCACCUGGUGCUGCACCUUGGCUGGAAUAGACACCAAGAGGCGCGAUAUUUGUCCGUUGACUCAGUCCGUUGGCGACCACCACCUAUGGCAUCAUGGAUCAUGAGGAGGCCCGAAGAAAGCACGUCGGUGGCAAGAUUGCACCCAGCACAUAUCACUAGCAGUUUUAGUGUGCCAGCAGGUGCAUCCAAUCGGGACCUCCCUCAGGAGUCCUCAGGAGUCUCAAAGCUGGUUUACAUUUUGCAGCGGUUCAAACCAAGCCAGCGGUUUUCCGUUGGGGCACCGGUUGCGAAGAUGGUGCGAAUCAGUGUGCUGCGCGAUUGCCUGAACAACAUCGUGAAUGCCGAGAAGCGUGGAAAGCGACAGGUCUUGAUCAGGCCAAACUCCAAGGUCAUCAUCAAGUUCCUGCAGGUGAUGCAGAAGCACGGCUACAUUGGUGACUUGGAGAUCAUUGACGACCACCGAGCAGGAAAGGUUGUCGUGGAGCUCAUCGGCCGCAUCAACAAGUCUCUGUGGCGGGAAUUGAGCAGCUUGCCAGCGAUCUCCUUCCGACGACCACCUAUGGCAUCAUGGACCACGAGGAGGCACGACGCAAGCACGUGGGCGGCAAGAUCGUGGGCUUCUUCUUCUGAUGCAGAUCCAUGUGAGGCAGGACCGUGGGCUUGGUAG